GCUACCGCCAGUGUUGUCGUAGGUCACGACCAGAGCGCUCGCAUCGCUCGCUACCCUCAUUCAUCCUUUUAACUCCGCGACGACACAACAUGUGAACAAUCUUAUCUGAAAUUUUCAUGAAAACUGUAACGGACAUUUUCCAAUUUUAAUCAUUAUAUUUGAAAAGAGAAUUUUCGAGCGUUUGCCGAAAGACUUUUAAAGUGUUCAAAAUAAAUGCAUUAUCCGUGAAUCUGGUGUGAGAUGGCCUUGUCGCUGCAGUCGACGCAGAAUUCAAGAGGUGUAUCAGUACGACCUCUUUCUACAAUGCGUCAAGAAUCUCUUCCGAUGCUGGCGGAGAGACUGCUUGCAAGCCGCGCUGCCGCUCUGGUAGCAGGUCUACCGGCCGAGCUAUACUCGGGUGCGCUACUGGCAGCGUGGCCUCCGUCGCCACCUACGCCCUUGCUUCCACCACCCGAACUGGAUCGUACUCGUAAGCGACGUCGCACGCCUAAGCUCGAUGACCAAUCUACUGCACCACCUUCGCCACCGUCCUCAGGUUCUUCGCCUGGUGCAACCGACCCGCCCCGCGAUAAGCUCUUCACCUGUAAAGUCUGUUCUCGUUCCUUUGGUUACAAACACGUUCUGCAAAACCACGAACGGACACACACGGGAGAAAAGCCGUUCGAAUGCAGCGAAUGUCACAAAAGAUUUACUCGUGAUCAUCAUCUUAAGACACAUUUACGUUUGCACACCGGUGAGAAGCCCUACAGCUGCCCACACUGCCCUCGUCAUUUUGUCCAGGUUGCUAAUUUACGCCGCCACCUCCGUGUGCACACUGGAGAGAGACCAUAUGCUUGCACUCGUUGCCCUGCACGUUUUUCUGACUCUAAUCAACUAAAGGCACAUGCGCUAGUCCAUGAAGGCGAUGCUCCUUUUGCUUGCCGAUGUGGUGCAAGAUUCAGACGAAGACAAGCGGCUGCUUUACAUCGAUGUGCGAGCGCUGGAUGCGAGCCCGACACUCCAAGUCCUCCGGUGGCAACUGCAUCUGAUUGGCGUUGGGACGAGUGGCCCGAGCAGACGGAGCCCGAGGAUCUAUCACUGCCGCGGCGACCGGCCACGCCGGAUUCGCCGACCGACUUGCGCAUGCACUCCGCGUAGUCGUCGUGCGCCUCUUAAGCGCGCCGCUGAGCCGGUAUACGAGUUCCUCCCCCGUAGAAUCGCGUCUAUUCUGUCAAAUUAAUUAUGAAAGUUAGAUGUCUUUCGUCUCUAGUUUUUAGUGUAGUACAAUUCUUUACCUGAAUUCCAGUCUCUUUUAUAAUAAUAAUAGUUAUCAUUGGGUUACCUAACGACGUAACAACGGUUAAGUUUUUGUAAAUACAUUACGUUUUUCUCGGUAAGACUACCGGGUUCAGGCUCGUAAGAUAGUCUUGACUAUUCUUUUUUAUGUCUUUGUAUUCGCAAUGCUCGCUGUAAAAGGCUCUUUUUUAUUUACGUUACAAUUUAGAAUUUUACUGUCGUACAAUUUGCAUAAUCUCAAGGCAAAGCAGAGUAAAAACUGCACGGUUUUGUUCUUUUGUUUUGCAAGUUGCAAAAACAGUAAAAGAGCACCUUGCACAAAAGAUCUUUUUUGAUUUAUUUGAACUGAUUUAUUGUUUUCUAUUGAACCAAAACAAAUCGUUAUGGUCUAUGAAUCGAUCUUUAUAAAGCGUCUGUCCUUUGGCUCAUAAAUUUGUACAUGACAACUUGGUGUUGAUUCAGACAACAUUUUCAACAAUCGAUUCACUUUAUUUCGCUUCAUUGAGAGAUUUAUAUACUCUCAAUUCCAUCGUCUUGGAUUUGCUUUUAUUAUAUUUGACAAAUUUCUUAAAAUGUUGUUAUUAAGAAAAGUUUAUCACCUUCAAACGAUAAUAAUUGACUUUAGAACGAGAUUAGUAUAAAAAAAGAGACGAAAAUUCAGGAGAAGAAUUGAAUUUGCAUGGACUCCGUGACGACAGCAUACACAUGACAGAGACGCUUCAUGCUUUUGUAUAUAUGCUGACAUUUAUUAGAAAAUUAUUUAUUAUUUAUGUAUUAGUUUGUAGGUGUUCCAAUAAAUGUAUUUACGGUAUUUAUUCACAUUAGAGAUAACCGCGUUGGCUAUCAUUGUACAUAAAGUAUUUGUCUAGAUGUAAGAAUUGUUGUAGUAAAACAGAUAGUUGUCUUCUAUCAGAUAUUGUGUGUAGGUGUAAUGUUCUUAUUGGUGGUAUCUCUAUAAAUUAUGAACGAUAUAUUAUAAUAUGAAAAGUGUUAUUGAAUAUAAAGGUAAAGGGAGACAAAGAGCUCACAGAAUUGAUUUAAAAAAUGCUACGCGUGAAGUGUGACCCAACGAAGCAUGCGUCAUGUGUUGUACAUACAUUUGCUAAAUUAUAUUUCAAUUCUUUGAGUUUUCUGUCUACGUGCUAUGGAUGAAUCCACUCUGUGGAGCCGUUAGUUUGCGAACGGUUUUGAGCAAUUUGUUCUACGGGUAUUAGUUUCCUACUAGAUGUAUCGUGUUUAUUUUCUCAAUGUUAAUAUAAUUUAGGAACGUAGUGUUGUCCUUGACGGUUUUUGCGCACACGAUUUAUGAAUACUGCAUGUAUAUAUUUAAUCUGUAAUAUUUGUUGAUUGUUUUUAUUUUAUUUUAUCUCUUAGAUAGUAAUAAAUGUCGGUGCGUAGGGUCUCAUUAGAGACGUUAGUUUACGAAGUAUAUUUUCCAAAGAAAUUAUUGGUACAAAUAUUGUAAUGUACAAAUUUAAGGUGACGUUCCGAUUAGAAAGUUGUAAUUGUAAUUCGAUGUUGCAAUGUUUUAAUAUUACUAAUAGUUAGUGUAAAGUUAGGCAAGCGUGCCAUUAUCUACCUCAUUCGACUAUACCACGUCAGGGUAAAGAGCCAAAGUUCUUGGAAUAUUUUCUAUUGUUUAUCUCUGUCGGGAUAAUGUACUAUUGACAGGAUUUAGUGUAGCUGAUAGCGAACUAUCGCCACGUAACAAACACCAUUUGAGACUGAUAUUCUUUUCAUUAUGUUUGUUUGCCGAUACCGCCCUUAUUUGUGGUACAUUUACAUACCAACGUUACACGCGUUAAGAGGUAAAUCUUAAUGCAAUUAUUUAUUUAAAAAGUAUUCGUAUUCAAAGUUAUAAUUAAAAUGUCUUAUUAUAAAAUAAAAUAAAAAUGUUUUCGCCAUUACUGCAAUCGAUUUAAGUUCCUAUUUACUUAACUGUUUUAAUUAAUUUGUUUUUCUUUAUUGUUUGUAUGAUUAUAGCUUAGUUGUAAAAGUUUAUCGGAAGAGUUCGACUUCUGGCAAGUCCUACAUCGCCGACUUUCAAUUGAAACUCCUUAAACAAAUCUACCUCAUCUUUUGCCAUCAUACAGGUGUUUCGUUUGAAACAAAGUACUUGUACAAAUAUACAUAUAGAUAUAAUUGUGACUACGAUACUAUAAAUAUAUGUAUGUAUUUCUUAUCGGUGUCCAAUACUUAUUGAAAUAAAAAAAAAUGUUUGUUAUUUA